AUGCUUUCUUCCAAUCAUCAACAAGUUCUCUUCCUCUCCAACCAAUCCUCCUCGAUGGAAAUUGACGGAGUUUUUGAAAAAUGUAAUCUUGUCUCUCUCCAUCAAUUAACAAAUUUGGAAAUUAAGAAAAUUUGUCCCUCCUCGAGAAAUUCAUUUAUUUGGACAAGUGAGGAAGAUCGAAUUUUCAAAGUGGGUCGCUCGAAUGUUCCAAUAGAAUCUGAAAUUCAAUACUGGAAGAAUCCACUCAAUUGUUUCGAAUGGAAAUGGAAAGAAAGAGUGAAUAGAUAUUUGAGAAUGAAUAAGGAAAUGGCAUCUAUUGUGGAUGGUAGAGUUUUAAAUUUGAAGAAUAUUUAUGCAUCGUGGUAUGCUGUCUUUUUAGAGUUGGAUGAUGGAGUUUUCUUUGCUGUCAAUGAUCAAGAUGAAAGAAUGUGGAAAUUGGAAAAGGAAAUUAAAAUGUUUGUAACCUCGCCAUGUAGUAAUCAUGCUUUGGUGGUAUUGGAAGAUGAUGAGCUCAUUAAUAUUGACAGUUUAUUCUUUCAGAUGCCUUCUUCUGAAACAGAUCAAAUUGAUGGAACAAUUGUAAAGGCAGCAACAUCUGCCAAGUCAGAUAUCAUUUUCACAGAUAAGAAUAAGAUGUUUUGUAGAGGGGAUAAUCGAUUCAAUGUUCAAAAUGGUACUAGAUCUAAUGGAUUUUAUUCCUAUGUGAGAACUCCUUUCGAAAAUGAAAGUCUAGUUCAACAAGUCAAAUGUGGACUUUUUCACACAGCUGUCAUGUUGGAAAAUAAGAGUAUUUAUGUGUGUGGACAAAACAAAUUCAAUCAAUGUGGAGUUUCCUCAAAGGAAGAUCAAUCCUUUACAAAAAUUCAAUUCUCUUCAGAUAUAAUUCCAGAGAGUUUGUAUUGUGGAAGUGAUUCGACUGGUUUCACCACCAAAUUCUCAACCUCCCUGUAUGUGUUUGGUGGCAUGUUGAAGAAUUUAGAUUUGAAUGCAGUGGAACAUGUCCAACAGAUGCAAAUUACUCAAAAGAAGGGAAAUAAUCAACAACAACCAACAGAAUCAGUUUCGUUUGAACAAGUUUCAAGAUUUGAACCUUUCGAAUUGAUUUCAGGAGUGAAGGGUAUUAAACUAUCACUCAAAUCCAUUCCAAAUGCUGAUUUCAAUUCGGUAGUGUUUGGAGAUUCGUACAUGUUGGUCUUUAAGAGAAAUGAGCUAAUUGGAAAAACAUUGAAUUAUAUUCAUUUGAAUAUGAAACGUCUUGGCUUGCAAAUUGAUAAGCACUAUUCAGAUCUUGUCUUUCACACUGAAUGUUAA